AUGGUAUGGGACUACUAUGAUGGCAAAGUUUUGUUUGUCACUGGUGGGACGGGAUUUAUUGGCACAACGCUACUCUAUAGGCUCUUGAGUCAAGCAGCCCCAGAACAUGUUUACGUUUUGUGUCGAGGUGGUUAUGAGAGAGCAAAAGCAAAAUGGACCGAGAUGCUAUCAGCCCCGGUGGCCAAAGUCCUCACCCAGAGCAAUCGUAUGACAAUUCUGGAUGGCGAGCUUGGAGACACUGCCACAAUGAAUCUCCCGGACGACGAUCUGCAAAUGCUCAAACAAAAAGUGCAUAUUCUUAUACAUGCUGCAUCUUCUAUUGCACUGAAUAAUUCACUCCGCGAAUUAGACUACACAGUGAUUGCACCCACCGUGUGCCUGGCGCAAUACGCGCUGAAGUUUGUUAAUUUGGAAAGAUUUGUCUUUCUCUCCACGGCAUAUGUUAAUGCUCAUCUUUGGAUGGCAAGCAAAACAUCCGAUGUUGCUGUGGAGGAACGGGUAUAUCCCCUUGGAUCCAACGACGAAAAUCCACUGGAAACAGCACCUCACGUGUAUCGAGAGCUGCAGAAAACAGGUACAACAGAGGAAUAUGAGACUCACGACUUUCCAUGGCCAUAUGCCUAUGCAAAGCAUUUGGCGGAGAGACUCGUAUUUAACAAAGCCGCGCUGAAGGAUGCCUCGGACAAAUUUCUCAUCAUUAGGCCUUCAGUUGUUGGGCCCGCUGACCAGUUUCCAUACCACGGCUUCACCACUUCAUACUCUUCCCCGUCGACAGCCUGUGCAGCAGCUUAUGCAAUGCACCCAGGGCGAAAGAUAAAUCUUGCGACUCGGUGCGAGAACCCUGAUAAAGAAGCAACCAUCGACGAAGUUCCUGUGGACGUUGUCGCCGAACGGCUACUGGUACAUGUAGCGCUUGGCUCAAGUGGAUGCGUGCAUGCGGUCAGUGGAGAAAAAGGACGAUUGCGUAUUGAGGACUGGUGGGAUGCAUUCAAGAAAGAACGCCGAUGGCCCUGGAAUGUCAAGCCGGUCUGGAUAUCGAAGGAUUGGCAUUCAUCCGAUCUGCAUCAUGUUGCCAAAAGUUUGAAAAUUAUCGGCACUUCCUUCGCUUUCUCUGAAGAGAAAACGGAUCUUGUCGCCGAGAAGCUCAAUAGUGAUCUGAAACUUUAUGCAGAUCGAUCGAGCCCAUAUUCCCUAGUCCAUCGGAGGCACCAUAUUCACCAUCUUGCUCGCCAGAUGGCAAAGAAAAGCAGACUACCAGCAUGCUCGGCCAAUAUCCUACUGAGAAAAGGAAAACCGCACACUUUCAGCCUGAGUGAGAAAUGA